AUGGCUCCACUUGUGGACUCUCUCGGGCAUUUACCCGAAAGCAUUGAACCAAUGGGGAGUACAAAGUCAGCUAAUGAUGCCGACGAAGAGGUCAGAUGCUACAUACACAUCACCGCAAGCAGUAGCUCCAAUAGCAGAGGUUGCACAUUCUUGUACGCAUGGGGUGAACUGAGUGAAAUUUUGGGCGAGGAUGUCAGGAGGGCAGCAGCAAAGAAAGUCGCGCAAGAUUUGAACAUUGUUGUGUUGGCCAUAGUUUUGGUUCGAGAGUGCUAUUCAGUCAGUCAGGAACGAGAUAUGGUUUGCCACCCUUUUCAUGGGACAUUCUCCCCAACAUCAGUCUCGCCAGUCUCUACUGCGUUGAGGACUGAUGUAGGCACCACUUCCGCUUUAGAAACACGAGGUUUCCACAAGGCUUAA